CAAUUGCAAGAUUUAAUCGAUCUGCACCCCAGCUUUGGCCAUGACGGGAAUCACGGAUGGAUCCGAGGGACUGACGAGCUACUACCGCCAGAAGAUUGAGCACUUGGAGCUCACCGUGCGUGACAAGACUAUGAACUUGCGCCGUCUUCAAGCCCAGCGCAAUGAGCUCAAUUCCAAAGUGCGCUUGCUUCGCGAAGAGCUGCAGUUGCUGCAAGAACCAGGUUCGUACGUGGGGGAAGUCGUUAAACAAAUGGGCAAGUCCAAGGUGCUCGUGAAAGUGAACCCAGAAGGCAAGUAUGUGGUCGAUGUGGACAAAGCCAUAGACAUCACCAAGUGCACACCCAACACCCGCGUCGCACUUCGCAACGACAGCUAUGUGCUGCAUAAGAUCCUCCCCACGAAGGUGGAUCCGCUGGUGAGCUUGAUGAAGGUCGAAAAGGUUCCGGACUCGACAUACGACAUGAUCGGUGGCCUGGACAAACAAAUUCGCGAGAUCAAAGAAGUAAUCGAACUGCCCAUCAAGCACCCCGAACUCUUCGACGCGUUGGGGGUUGCCCAGCCAAAGGGGGUGCUUCUUUACGGCCCACCCGGGACGGGCAAGACAUUGCUGGCUCGUGCCGUGGCACACCAUACCGAUUGUACAUUCAUUCGAGUGUCGGGGGCGGAACUCGUGCAAAAAUACAUUGGCGAAGGGUCCCGUAUGGUGCGCGAGCUCUUCGUGAUGGCCCGCGAAGCGUCGCCGUCGAUUAUUUUCAUGGACGAAAUCGAUUCGAUCGGCAGUUCGCGCAUGGAAGGCGGUGGCGACUCGGAAGUCCAACGCACGAUGUUGGAACUCCUGAAUCAGCUGGAUGGGUUUGAGCCGGCGCAAAACAUCAAGGUCAUCAUGGCGACGAACCGUAUCGACAUUCUCGAUGCCGCGUUGUUGCGGCCUGGUCGCAUCGAUCGCAAGAUUGAAUUUCCCAACCCCACGGAAGCGUCCCGUAUGGAUAUCAUGCGCAUCCACUCGCGCCGCAUGAACUUAUUGCGUGGCAUCAAUCUGAAGGUGAUUGCGGAGAAGAUGCCGACGGCGUCGGGCGCUGAAUGCAAGGCGGUGUGUACGGAAGCGGGGAUGUUUGCCCUUCGAGAACGCCGCGUCCACGUGACCCAAGAAGACUUUGAAAUGGCCGUGUCCAAGGUGAUGAAGAAGGACUCUGAACAAAACAUGUCGAUCCGCAAACUGUGGAAAUAAGCCAUCCGUCCAGCGGUCGGUCAAAUCGCCGAAGGAACAUUCGCCAUGAAUCGACAAACGCACUCGACCUUCUCCACGUCCCUUUCUUGUCUGGGGACUGGUCCGUCAUCUUCAUUAAAUACACAGCAGUUGCAAUGCCAAAAAAGCCACGCAGUCUCUAACUUGCAUUUGGGACGACGGUCGCCGACCCUGCACCGCGUCCGGCAUCGUCCGGCGGCGCCCAGUUGUAAUUGUCAAACAACUGGUGCUCCAUCG